AUGGGCAAAUACAUGAAGAAAUCGAAGACAACUAUUGAUACCGGCGUCAUGGAAGCCACCGAGCCAACUUCCUUGGGUGUUCGCACCAGAGCCGCCAAAACCCUAGCUUUGAAGAGGCUCAAUUCAUCCGCCUCUGAUUCCGCUCUCGCGGCCGACUCCUCGUGCUAUCUCCAGCUCCGCAGCCGCCGUCUCGAAAAACCACCGUUGCUAGCCGAACCGCCGAAGCAGCUGCCGAGACCUCAUAAAUCGGGAAUUAAGGAGUCUGGUUCGAAGUCUCGCGUUGACUCGGUUAACUCGGGCUCACCCGCUUCGGGCUCGGUUCCUGUAGCUCCGAGCUGCAACGGAGAUGAAUGUUUCGGCAACUCCGUGAGUCCAGAGGCUUCUUGUGGAGAGAACAGCCUCGAUUUUGAAUCGAGAUAUAGCACAAGAGAGAGCACGCCUUGUAACUUUGUUGAGGAUCUGGAGAUUGUUGUUACACCAGGCUCUAGCACGAGGUCGAUGCGAGCAACAACCAAAGGUUACACAAGGGACCGUGAGAGCAUGGUCCCGACAACUAGUGAGAUGGAGGAGUUCUUUGCCUUUGCAGAGGAGCAACAGCAGAAGCUGUUCAUGGAGAAGUACAACUUCGACAUUGUGAAUGAGAUGCCUCUCACUGGACGCUACGAGUGGGUACAAGUCAGGCCAUGA